AACACUCGACAAGUUCCCCUUCGCUAAGAUACUGCGGAGUACUUGUCAGGCACGAGUCGGGACCAUGAUGAUCCCAAGCGUCAUCGCGCCCCCCGCCCUCUACCCGGGCCUCUACCGGCCAGCGGCCGCCGCUUUACCGCUUCAUCACAGUUUGCCGGCCGCUUUGCCGACCCACUCCGGCUUCCUCGUGGAGGACCUACUGCGGAUAAGCCGACCCGCCGCCUUCCUCAACCGGACGCCGCCGACGGCUGCCACCGCUCUAUCUUUCGCGGACGCGCGCGUGGAUCGAGGUUCGCCCAACAACGGCACCGUGACGCGCGAGUCGUGCUCGCCCAAAACGUCCGGCAGCAAGGAUGCAACUUUCCUCAAGUUUGGGGUGAGCGCCAUCCUUGCGCCGUCGCCAAAGACACCACCCUCGCCCCCAACAGUCCACAGCAUGCACUCCAAGAGCUUCCACGUCCCCUGCUUUGACGGAACCUUCCAGCCCAUGUUCAGGACGCCUUAUUUACACGCAUCUUCUUCCGCUGUGCCGAUCCCAGGGACUUUCUCGUGGCCGCUAGCUGCCCGAGGGAAGCCCCGCAGAGGGAUGCUGCGGAGGGCCGUCUUCUCUGAUGUGCAGCGCAAAGCUUUGGAGAAAAUGUUCCAAAAACAGAAGUACAUCAGCAAGCCGGACAGGAAGAAGCUGGCCUCCAAACUGGGCCUGAAAGAUUCACAGGUGAAGAUUUGGUUCCAGAACAGGCGGAUGAAGUGGAGGAAUUCGAAGGAGCGCGAGCUGCUAUCGUCCGGCGGCUGCCGCGAGCAGACGCUGCCCACCAAAGCUAACCCGCACCCGGACCUCAGCGACGUGGGUAAGAAGUCCGAAGACGACGAGGAGGACGAGGACGAAACUUUUGGCAGGCAGACGACGGGCUCCUGCGGCGUCUCGUCGCCGUCGCUCUCCAGCAAGCACUCGGACUUCUCAGAGUCGGACGAAGAGGAAAUCACCGUAUCGUAGGACUUUUCACGAGACUUAUUUUUUUUUCCUCCCCAUGAAACGGUUGGAAGACGAAUCCGUUCUGGCUCACGACCCCACAGCUGCCAUUUAGUUUUCAAUUAAAAAAAAAAAAAGUUUCCAAGCAGCGCACGCGCACUGGACAGGAUCUGCUUCUGAGCAGCCAUUUGCUGUUUUUGCACAGCUUCGUUGAAAUGUACAGUGUUUUGUACAAUUUUGUAUGGAAUUUUAUGCCAAUUGAGUUGAUUUUACCUUCACCUUGAAUAGAGUUGUUUAUUGAAAAAAAAGAUGUAGCUAUUUCAUUAAUUUAUAUGAAUUUGUUGUAUUAUGUGGUGUAUAUACUGUAUGUUCAUUUUACUUUUUGUACAAAUACCAAAUAAACAUGUUCACAGCCUA